CUCUUUAACUUGAAAUGACCCCAGUCAUCCAGUCCCAGCUGGAAGAGAAAGCACACCUGGGGUUUAUCUGACUGUGUUGCCCAGCAUGCAGAGGAGUAUCCAGAAAUACAGGGACGACCAUGAUGCCUUCCUGCUCCUGGUCUCGCACGGGGCUCUGGGGAGCUUCAAUCCUUGGGAAAUAGCAGACAGUCUGGCUGAUGAGCCAAUGGCUGAGGCUCUGGCUGAUGUGGCGGCAGAGUUCCAGGAUGUUUGCGAAGAGUAUGCGGAAGCUGUUUUCACUCCAGAGUUCCUCCAGUUCGUCCAGUCUCCCACCACACCAAUAUCAUAGAGACUUCUUAUAAACAACUUAGAAGCAAUGAUAUUUUGAUAUGUUUUUGGAACUGAACUUGCUCAUA